AUGACUCGAAAACAGUCGGCCAAUGAGCCUGACAAGGCGCACCGGCUCUCCCUCGCCGAACUGGCUGCCCACGACGACGUGUGUUCCGACGCACUCAUAGAUAAUGCCUACUACAAGUCGCGCAUCCGGAAGAAUCGCACCAAGCAUAUUCCAAUUCGAGGCAUCAAGGAGGAUGAAGUCCCUAGCAUCCUGCUGCACAAGGUCAUUGUGGAGAAAGAUCUUGCCGCUGCCGAAAAGGCCCUGCUGGCACUCCCAGGGUUGAAAAGAUACAAGAAGAGUCUACGCUCCAAGGCCGAAAACGAGCAUUUCCUCAAUCACCUGCGAAAGUACAUCGCCAUGUACCAGACCGACUGCCCCUGGGAGGUGUCAACCACCAACCGGUAUACCAUCACCACCUAUGAAGCGGCCGUGAUGGCGCGUCGAAGGAUCAAACAAGGUGACACCGUCAAAUACCUUACCGGCACCCUCGUCCCCCUGACCACAGAAGAGUCGGCGGAUCUGGACCUGACGAAUCGCAAUUUCAGCAUUGUCGUGUCCAGUCGCAAGAAGAACUCGUCCAUAUUCCUGGGUCCUGCCCGGUUUGCCAAUCAUGACUGCGAUGCCAACGGUCGGCUUGUGACAAGAGGACCUGACGGCAUGGAAGUGGUUGCCAUGAAGAACAUCGAGGUCGGAGAUGAAAUCACGGUUUCGUACGGUGACGACUACUUUGGUCCUGGCAAUAUCGAUUGUCUCUGCCACACCUGUGAGGUGCUUGAACGCAACGGUUGGACCUCGAAAGCCGCUGUCCUUGAGCCUGGUAGCAACGCCUCAACUCCGUCGCGAGAUCUCCUUGCCAAUAUGAAGCCACGCAGCUUGAAACGCAAACGCGAGCGGGAAUCACUUUCGCAGUCUUCUGCUGCCCUUCCGUCCAAACAUUUGAAGACUACUCAGUCGCCUUCCAAACUUCAACAUUCGUGGACUCCGCCGGGCAGUGCCGCAUUCGACAAUGGUGGGGAGGCCACCGCUCUGGGAUUGUCAGGAGUUGUCGAACCCAUCCCAAGCUUAAUAUCCAGGGAGGAGACAACGCUGUCCCCGCCUCAAAGCCCAUUGCGAUUGACAGAGCGAGACAUUGCUGAGGAUACGGAUGCGGCUGCGGUCUUGACGCCUUCAGGCGGAGAGCCCGGUGAGUCAAGGAGCGAGAAGGAGAAGUCUCCCGGCAGUAAUCAGUCUGGAAAGAGUCUGCGUGAAAGCAAGAUGACUGCUAGAUUAUUCGGCAAGAUCUCUUCACGGGCACCUCUCUCUCCCGCCCCUACUUCUCCGUCUAGUUAUGGUUCAGCAAAUGAGGCCGGGCCUUCUGGCCAACCAGUUCCUGCCCAAACCAUCAGUGACAGUGCUAUCACCAUCAAGGUGGAGUCUAUGGAGAUGACGAAGCUGGAAGCAGAUGAAGAUACCAUCGUCGUGGCAUCGUCCAGCCAGGAUUCCGCGAUGAACACAGAGUAUCCCCCCUAUGCGAACGGUGAGGUUGGAAAUACAGAGACUCUUCUCGAAUCCGCCCAUACCGUGACCCCACAUACAGUGUCGACGCUUUCAACAACGACGGUCACUAGAGAAGUCCACGAAUCCGAAGCAUCCAACACCGCCACAGGGGAAGCCAACGUGCUGCCGUCCAUCGAACCAACCACGACCUCAACCACAGUCACCAAGCUAACCGUCCACCCGGUCACCGGUACAAUCCGAAUUGCAGGAGAUUACAUCUUGACGCGAAAGCUGCUGGCACAACCCCAUGAUCGCUGGGUGCAAUGCCACAACGAGAAGUGUUAUGGGUUCUUUGUCCAACCCAACGGAUAUCAGACUCGACGCGAGUGUCCUCGAUGUGAGCGACACAGCAUGCUCUACGGCUUCCCCUGGCCCAAGACCGACCCUGAUCCGCGCAAACUCCAUGAACGUUCUGGCAGGGGAAAGAAAGCGGCCGCGGCCACCGAAUACAGCGCGUAUCGCCGGAAAGGAAGAUGUGGGAAGGGAACAUGGGUGGAGGGAGCAGGCGACCCAGAGGAAAGAGUCGUGGAUCACCGCACCAUUCAUCGAUUUGUCCUCCCUGAAGAGGAGCGUGAAUUGACGAGGAAGGGACUUCUGAGAGAAGCCGAGGUGGCCAGAGCAGCGGGGGAUCAUGCGCUGGCUCUGCUCGAGGCCAAAAUGCGCGCCGGAUCGAGGGGACUCGGCACGGAGAGUGCAGCCCGAGACGGAAGUGAGAGCGGAACUGGGUCUGCCACUCCUGACGAGGCGCGAAGGAGGAGCAAUCGCUUUGUCACGAGGCCCGUGGGCGUCUACACGGACAAAUACUAG